UUUCUCCAAGAAGUAUAUGCUUCCACGCUUCUGGCCAGUUAUCCUGACAAUGAAGCCGAGGAUUCCCAAAGAGCCAUACGUCCGGACACCUGAACAAAUCGCCCUCGCCGAGAGACGCCGGGCCGAGCGAGCAGCCAAAAAGGCCGCCGUUGCGGCUGGUAAAGUGGAGCCGACUGAGGAGGAAAAGUUGGUGACGGGAAAUUGCAAGUUUCUCAAAAGAGACUGGAUUGAUGUCUCUGGUAAAGAUAAGGAGGAGAAGGGAAGAUCACAAGGGAAAAGGGCCAAGAUUAUCACUUGGAAUUUGCUUGCUCAAACUCUUGUCCGACGAGAGCUUUUCCCUGGCUCUGACUGUCUUCGAUGGGCGGACCGUAAGCCCAUGCUUCUUGCUGAGUUUGCGCACCAUUCCUCCAGUGACAUCAUCUGUCUCCAAGAAUGUGACAAGCUUCCCGACUUCCUUCCUGCCUUACCUCAACACGCGUAUAUCAAGGGUACAGGCCCAGGCAAACUUCAUGGCCUUGUCGUUCUCUAUCGCAAAGACCGGUUCUCCCUUCGCCAGAGCAAACUAAUUCAUUUAGACUUUGAAGAGAUCCACCCUCGUUCGAGCGAUUUGGUAAUAAGAGAAGAUGGUGCCGAGUCGUUGGAAGAAGUACGAAGACGUCGAGGAGGAUCAAGACAGACGAAGAAUGUGGGGUUGAUAGUAGCGUUGGAAUGCAAGGAUGGUGAAGGUGUCAUUAUCGCUACUACUCAUUUAUUCUGGCAUCCCAAGUUCGUAUACGAACGAGUUCGUCAGACUCUUUUGCUUGUACGAGCCAUUAGGCGCUUCCAAAAAGCCAAUUGCUGUACCACAUGGCCUGUUGUUCUCGCUGGAGAUCUCAAUACUCAACCAUCGGAAGCAACAUACCAGUUGCUCGUCUCCCCACACUCCCCUCUUCCGCAACGAUAUCUCGACGAAAUCUCCCAAUCCCGUCUCGUUCACGACUCGCUCUCCAAAAUCCCUCUCACACCUCCCGAAAUCCCUUCCUCCGCUUCCGAACCUGCCAGUACUACCGGUACUGGGACUACAACCCCCGCUAUAAUUAAUAAGACGGAAGCGGAGAAAGAUGCAGAGAAUGAAGAUCUCGAUGAUAAAUCGAUUGCCAACACACGUCCUCCCCGACCUUCGGAUGGGUUACCCACAGCGUUAGAGCUCGUGGAUCUCUUCAAAGCCGAAUUCCCUCUUAUAGAUGGAGAUAGCGACCAACCUGAGGGUGCUAUGAGCGCUUAUGGAUCAACGCAAUGGAAGGAAGGAAAGGGGAUUGAUGGAUUUGAUGAUAGAAAAGGUUUUGGAGAUGGAGAGAAGGGACAAGGAGGGGAUGAACCUGGGUGGACCUGUUUUACGCCACUUUUCCGUCUUACUUUAGAUUAUCUCCUUGUCUUACCGCCUCUUAAUUCUCCCCCUUUCCUCAUUGCCCCACCCGCCUCUUCUACGUCCGCCACUUCUGGCGCCGAGAUCCGAAAGGUCAUGCUGCCUCCCAAAGUCUCAGACCUUGGUGAGGGAUUACCGCGAAAAGGGAUUUGCGCGAGCGAUCAUGUAGCGGUGGGAUGUGAGAUUGAGUGGUAAGGUGGAAGAAAAUAUGGGGUGUGAUUCAUCCCAAGAAGAUUAUGUCUAAUCUUGCCGGGUUAAUGAGGAUAGUGGGAUCCCAUGGCCGAUGGGGAUCGACUUCAAGGUUAACGGUGAUUAGAAUCAAGGUCGUAGACAAUUCUGCAUAUAUAUUUGGGCCAUC